UGUGAAUUUUUACAGGCGGAAUUAUAACCUCUCCCAGAGUGAAUACACCUCUCCCAGAGUGAAUACACACUCAAAUGGAUCAUAGUAGCAAAGCUGAGACCACAUUUGGAGAUCUUGAAGUGGAUGAGCGAUUCCAGAAGCUAAAACGUUCCUUGAAACUGGCAAUGUUGAAAACAAACCGCAGAAAGAUGUCUGAGGAAGAAACUGAUACACGUAUGUCCCUACCUGGUCUUUCAUCCAUCGAUGGAGAUGCAUUUAAUUCAAGUUGCACAACUUGGUGUCCACCUUCUUUGAAGAGUGACGUCUUGGCUUCCAGCAACAAUUUAAAGAAUUUACUUUUGAAAAAACCAAGUUUUUAUAACACUAAUCAAAAACAAAUAGUCACUUCUAGUGUUAAACAAUAUGACGUUAAGCACAAAAAUGACAUUGAUAGACUUAUUAUGCCACCACCAGAAACACCUGUGGUUUGUCAUGGCUCUAAAAAGCCAAUGAAUACAUUGUCAAAUUGUGAAAAUACAGCACCCGUCAUACUUGAUAGUUCUGUUCAGUCUUCUGCUGCAAAUACUUUUCCUUCAAAGAGCACUUUUACUGGGAUGUCUUCUGGUACAAAUAGUGAUAAGGAGCACUUGAAUACCGAUAGAGUGUUUUCAAAUUGGAAAGUUAUGUUGGACAAGCAGCUUGAAUUAAGAAUCAAAGGAACAUUAAAAUGUGGAAGUCGUGUAUAUAGCAAACCUAUUAUAAGAAGAUACAAUACCAAAUGUGUUGAAUCCAAAUUCAAAUACAAAUAUCAUCUUGAAGGAAAUAUUGUUGAUGAAAGAAAUGAUUUACCAGAUUACAUUCGUGGAAAAUUUUACAAUGGCUUUCCUGAUGAUUGGGAGAACGUUUAUCAGGUUUGGAGAAUGUACUUCACUCAAGGAUGUCCUGUGACAUUUCACUGGCCUACUCCCAUUACUGACAGUGAUGACGAUUUAAUAAGUGAAGUUACAGAUUUCGCUUACGCAUGCAAAAAUAAAAACAAAGUUGUUUCUACAGCAGAACGUUACAAAUCUGCAGAAUGUACCAGAAUACUUGAAAAGUCGAUUAAUAAAUCGCCAGAAGAAAAAAAACAGUAUCAUAACCACUCCGAUCAUUAUCAACAAAGCAACAGAAACACUUCUGUAGUUUCAAAGCCCAUUUCCGAAUUCAAAGAAAAAGAAGUUUCCGUUGCACAAACAAAUUUAGUUGAUAUCGGAAGUGAUAAUCAAUUGAAUCCGAAUUUUUCAUCUGAAUUUGUCAUUAGAAAAAUACGUUAUUUAAAAAAUUUUCUUCAAGAAGACCAGAUGAAUAUUAUUAUUAACAAUCUGGAACAUAAAAAUUGUUCUCCCGUCUAUGUUAAUAAAGUUCUUGAAGUAUUAGAUAAUUUGGAUUUUAUAACGACUUAUAGAACGAAGUCAAAUUGUGAUGAGAACUCGGUAGUCUCGGCAAGUUGCGAUACAUCCAAGUCAGAAGUGAUAUUACAGCAGAGUUUAAUGCGAAAUGACAACCGAGCAAAUAUUGAUAAGUGUGAAAAUAAACUGACGGAACAGAAAAAUUGUAGAUAUUCUAACGACUACGAAAAUCAAAUUAUUCACACGUCAAAUUAUUCAUCAAACGAACCAGAAUACGACAAUAAUGACAACUCAGAUCAAUCAGAAAGCAUGUAUUUGGGUGUACCUAAAGUAUCGUUUGAACAAGUUUUAAAAACUAAAGAAUCACUUGGAAAAACUUACAAACGCAGAGAGAGGAAGAGAAAAGUUUAUACGGAUCUUCAAAAGAACGCGGCAAAUGCGCAGAGCGACACCGAAAAUUUGAGAUGGAGGUCUGUUCGAACUUUAUUUAAUAACUCUAAACAAGAUUUGGUUUCCGAAUCUUGCGUUAGUGUCACAGAAGAUGAAAUAGAAGUUAUCGAUAUGAGAAGAGAUCACGAAACGGAACUUGUUCACAAACAGCAAGAAACAAGGCAAAAACAAACAAUUUUCUCCAAUCGUCAAGAAAAUGUUGGGAAAAAUGUGAUUGAUACAUAUAGAAAAAACAAACCUGAAAAGCACACAGAAGAUGUGCAAUGUUACAAUCCGUUCCAAGUACGAAGAAGUAACGAGUUUAUUUUUGUACAAGAAGAACCAAAAUCUUCGCACAAAGUUAAAAAAAAUGCGCAGUUUAUUCCGGAUAUCGACUAUCAGACCGACAAAUCUGAUCUCGAUGCUGUGAAUGUAGACACUUAUAUGAAAAAACCAAUUAGAAGUGCGACAUUGGUAUCGCGCGUUAGUUCGGAUCAAGAAAGUGUAAAUACUGAAAACAAAAAUAAUCUUCUUAAAUCUUCUCGCUUCUCUCGAAAAUCACAUACGGAACUUGCUGUAGAAACAAACGAUGAAACUGUUGCGAAAAAGUUAAAACCUACCAUAAUCAGUUCGGUACCGGUAAAUUUAAACUUAAAAAUAUGCAACACAAGUUCGAAAUCUGAUCAUAAUUCGGACGUGAGUAUGUUCGUAGACGACCGAGAUAAACAAUGUGCGAAUAUUCGAUCGACAGAAACAAGUCCCAAGAAGAUAUCUAUACCGCCAACCGUAUCUACAAAUAAUAUUCGCUCUAAAACGACAAACGACGGUAGAAAAGAGAUUCGUUCGAUAACUAGUGACAAAAAAGAAACAAGUACGAAUUCAACAAAGUCGGUGACAAAUCAAGAUGGAUAUUCGACAAAUAAAAAAAAAGAAACGAACGGUAUAAAUUCCAUUUCUUCGAUGAGAUCGAUAAAAAAUCAAAAUGAAAUCUCCAAAAAUGUUGAAACCGGACCUCGCAACACUAAAAAGCUCACUGCAUGGCUGCCCAAAGUAAUAUGUCACCCGCAAUCAAAACAUGAGUUGGGCUUGAUUUUCGAAGGAAAACUGCUCAACGAGGCUGAUCACGUUGUACACAGGAAGUUUUCGACUGGCGUUGUGCUAAAACGAUUGUCAGCAAAACUGAUCGAAACGGUGGAUCAUCAAUUUUAUGAACUCUAUGGUUCUUUCAACGACAGCAAGCACAAUUUUCCCAAAGAACUCGCGAGACUAUGUCGUAACGGAUGUCCUAACAAAAUCGAAGAAUUUUGUUUGACGUGGAAAAUGUUACUAAAUGAUAACAUGCAGAAAGUUACCACCGAAACAUUUCACGAAACUUCGGUGGAUUUAUUGAAUACCGCUGUUAGUUCACGAGGCCGUAAACUCUUACCACCGUUAAGUUACUGGACAGGCGAACGAAUAUCGUUAAAAGAUAAUAACCUAGUUUAUAAUCCAGGCAAUUCAAAUGACUCGUUAGUUUCGCUGAGUGAGAGAUCAAAAACGGCAUCGAGUAUUGAGGAAAAGGAGAAAUCAAGAGCGGAAUUAAAAAAACCAACAAAAAAACAAGAUGUUAAUAGGCAGCAAGUUUCGCCUAAAUCAAAUACAGUCUCUGACAUAAAGAAAGAUCCAACAGUCAUCAGUGGAAAACCACAAUCUUCCGGCAAAACAAAUACUUCUUCUACUACUUCUAAAAGAAAAAAUAAUACGAGGAGAUCCGCGAUUAAUGGUAAACAACGAAUAAUGCGACAAUUGACGUAUUCGAUAUCUACUUCCAGCGAAGAAGAACAAGAAUCACCGCUAAAGCGAGCGCGCAGUUCUCGAUCUGGCAUAAAUGCAAAUGCGCUCUCACGAGUACAAACAAGUAUCAAAACUCGACAGAAUAAACAGACAUCCUCAAGCAGUACCGUACGUCAUGGCAAAGUUUCACCAACGAGAAAAUCUGGUUACGAAGUAACGUGUGUUUAUUACAAAAAUGUUCAGUUGUCCGAAGAUUUUUUAUCGGAGGAUCAAGCAUCGAUCGUGUAAUCUCAGGUGUGAUAUCAAACAUUUAUUUUUGUAGUAUUAAUACGUAGUAUUUAUAAUAACAGAUACUCAUAAAAGAAAUGUUUAUUUUUCUACAUGUAUAUUCUCGUUGUACUCCUAUACUAUUAUUUAUAUUAUAUACAAUAUACUGUACUGUUGUAAGUUAUAUUGUUGCAAGUAAAAAUAUUUUCUUACUUUAGUCUACCGUUUAGUCUACUGUUUAGUCUAAUCUUUAUGUUUGGAUGUAUAUUUACCUGAUCUUUAAAAAGUUAAAAGAAUAUGAGAAAGAUGAAUCUCGUUCCAAGCUUUUUUUUACGACAACAUAUUUAAUUCAGUUAUUAUUGUGAUUUACAUAUUCAAAAAGUGAGAGGAAAAAGCAAAGUUGUAAAUAAAUAAAAUUUACAAAUAAAUUGCCAAUGUGUUUAUUUUACUAUUUUAACAACUGUAUAAAUUGUAUAUAAGAAAUACCGCCUACCCUAAGUCAGGAUACAAGAAAAAAUUCAUCAGAGGAUGCGUAUUUAACUAAGUGUCACAUAUAGUCGAUACAGAUUCACGUAUAUAGUUAUUUUUUAUAUUUUGUACAAAAAAAUCUCUAUUUCUAUAAAUAAAAAUGUUGAAUAGAGUUCAUAAAUUGAAGUGAGUAGAGAUUUUUUUCAAAUAACACGUAUCGUAUAAAAAAAUUUUAAUAUAUAGGUGUUUUUGUUAAAAAAAAGAAAAAUUGUGUGUAUAAAGACUGUUAGAGUAUACGCUAGAGUGUAAUAAAAUUUUCCGGAAAAAAGACCGUAAAGCAUCGUGUCCGCAUCGAGUAACUGCUCGUGUGCUAGGUAGUAAUUGGAGAGAAAACGCGUCAAAAAGAGAAAAAAACGUACAUGGAAAAGAAAAGUACCGUGUCUUCCCUUCGGAAAGCUUUAUUAUAUCCUAGUGUACAUAGGGGCAUGCAUUAUAUUCACAUUUGUGAAACGCACUUGUACCUACUGCUAUUAUGAUGAGUUUAUAGCACUCAGUUUUUUUUCUAUAUGUGUACGUACUGCAAACAUGUCGACGACACCUACGAAAAAUGUGUCAACUGCCCCUUUGAGUAUGAUUUUUUUUAUUUAUGAUUACCUUGAUACUCUACCAUGUCACUAUUGUAUCUCAAAACGAUGUUGUAACUUUACUUGAUUGUAAUAACAUUGGUUUUUUAAAUAAUUUUUUAAUUUCUUAAAAGUUUUGUGAAUUCAAAACAAAUUUAUUAUUACAAAAAAAAGAAAAAAAUAUAAAUUAAUUCUUCUGUAAUCAAAGUGGCAGUUUCAUAUUAUUUUUAUAUAUUUUUUAUUGGUGUCGUCAAGAUGAGUAAAAAAUCAAAAAAAUAAUCAAAUAUAACAUUGAGUGUAGAUUUUCUAUAUAUAUAACUUUUUUAUAUACAUUGUAAAAGAUAAUCGCGAAGAGGAGCAGAUUUUGUGUCCGCGAAAAGACGAUUGCAUAGUGCGCCACAACAAUUUACAUGAUAUGACGAUCUCUCAAUUAACGUCAUUUCUUUCUUCUAAACAUAAAUAAAACUUCGCGUACAAAAAAAAAAAAA